AUGUCAAUAAAGACCCCCUACCCGACGGAGGACGAGCCACGCCUCGAAUUAGGACCCGACGACAAGCUCGAGAAUCAUACAGUCGUGCUUGUGACAGGAGCCAAUUCUGGUCUCGGCUACGCAACCUGCCUCCGCCUAAUCGACGAAUUCGCCAAAGACCCCGCAAACAACCGCAAACAACUAACCCUCAUCUUCACCACACGCCGUCCACCCGCCCAAGUCCAAACCCUCAAAAAUGACAUGCGAAAACAUGCCCUCAUUCUCGGACCCCAAGUGUCAAGUCGCAUCAACAUCCUCGCCGAAACCGUUGAUCUGCUCAACCUCCCCUCCGUCCGCGCUCUAUCCAUCCGCUUAAACCGCAACUUCCCAAAACUCGACUCCAUAAUCCUCAACGCGGGGAUAGGAGGAUGGUCAGGCAUAGACUGGCCAUCCGCGAUCUGGAACGUGUGUACCGACUUGUUGCACUCCGCAACAUGGCCAACCUUCAAACUCGGGUACGUCGGCAUGGUAGUCCCCAACCAGACCCAUCAACCAGACGAAAAACCGUUGGGAUCGGUGUUUUGCGCAAAUGUGUUUGGGCAUUAUAUGCUUGCUCAUAAUGUGAUGCCGCUACUCAGGCGAUCCAAAAAUCCGGGAAGGGUGAUUUGGGUUAGUAGUAUUGAAGCGCGGGAAGAGUCGUUUAACGUGGACGAUAUCCAGGGACUGAAGACCAAUAUUUCGUAUGAGAGCUCAAAGACGUUGACGGACAUAUUGGCCUUGACGUCGGAUUUGCCGAGUACGAAGCCAUGGGUGCAGAAAUUCUUGUCUGCAGACGACGACGACAAGACAGAGGGACCAGAACCGGUGAAUUAUCUCGGCCACCCCGGUGUCUGUGGUACAUCGAUUGUACCGCUCAUUCUCCCUCUGUACUGGUCCUUUGUAGCUGCAAUGUAUAUUGCACGCUGGUUGGGAUCGCCUUGGCAUACCAUCUUCCCCUACAGCGGCGCGAAUUCGCUUGUUUGGCUCGCUCUGAGCCCCAAAUCAACCCUCGACGCAGCUGAGAAACCAUAUCGGGACCGGGCCGGCGGACACGCAAAAUGGGGAUCUUCGACUGAUUUUUGGGGAAGGCUAAUUGUGGCUAGUACGGAGACGGAUGGGUGGGGACACGGAGGCGUCGUUGAUGGGGUGCACGUUGUAGAAGCAGACAGAGUCAGAAGGAGGAGAAGGGGGAUGAAGGUUGCCAGUGCAGAGGAUAGGGUGCGGUUUGAGGAGUUGGGGAGGGAGUGCUGGCGGCGGAUGGAGGAGUUGAGGGUUGAGUGGGAUGGGUUGCUUGACAGCCUCGAGUCGAGUAGUGAAUAA